AUGCACCUUUUCAAUUCCCGACUGGUAUUAUGGGGGAUUUAUUCCUUGCUCAUUCCCCAAAUCACCGCUAUUCCGGUCCCGGAAGAGAAUCUCGACCGUUCCCCAAUUGACGCUGGGGGUGAACUGGUUCCAGGAGACUCCGACAAUGGCUCGUCUUCUCUUGUUCGUCGUGCCGAAACCGCACCGCCCAGGAGCCGCUGUUAUGAUGAAGUUCAGAAACUCCGCGGCGUGCCCAAAUAUGUAUUCCCUACUGACGGUGGGGACAGCGGAGAGCUGUCAUUGAGGAGCAGACUGGGCGGGGGAGGUCAAGGAACAGUCUACGAAGCCCAAAUGGUGCUCUACAGAAAGAACAGAGAUGAUUCCAUACGCGACGUGGCAGUCAAGAUAUCAGGAGGAGGUCGCGAUGUGGAUCAGUCCCUCCUUGCCAACCGUAUCCGCAGUGCUUAUGUCUUGCCGAACCUGAAAAUAGCAUGGGAACCAGAUCUGAAGCAAUCGGUGGUGGCGAUGCCCAAAGCCGAUUACGAUCUGCUCACAGCUCUAUCACGAAACUAUCGAAUCAGCAAGAGCCGCGCGCUGCGGGAUGUUGGACAGGGACUAGUCGACGCUCACGUUGCGGGCGUUGCUAAUCGGGAUGUGAAGCCCGAAAAUGUGGUUUUCAUAAAUGGCAAGGCCAAAAUAAUUGAUUGGGGUCAUGCUUUGGAUGUGGCUGCAGCAGAGGGGCAUCGACAAUACAGUGCUCCAGGGACACCCGGUUAUAGCGCUCCAGCGGAUGCUUAUUCGUUUACGAUGAUGUGGCUGGUUGCCGAUCAAUGGCAAGUUAUGCAGGAUCGUGCUACACACGACGACUUCUGGAAAGAAACAUUGUCUCAAAGAACAAAAGAGGGAGUUCAAAUUGGCCUGACUGCUGAGAAGAUGGACGACCUUUUAUAUGAUAAGUUUGAUCGAGGCAAGAAAUACUUGGCUCGCGAGAAGAGGAAGGUGAUGAAAUACGGGUUAUGCAGGCAAGGAGAGCGUUGGAGAAUGCCACAACUCCUCGCCGAAUACCGUCGUGUUACCGGAACAUAA